GUUAUUUAGUAAUUGAGCGAUCAAGGAACGCUCGCGGCUGGAAACGCGUUCAGUGUGGAGCGACAGGUGGCAUGGAAAUGUCAGAUAGGUACUGCCAGGGCGCCAGAGUCGACUUCUCGUGCGUCUCCAUCGCCAGCGAUUCCACGACAGAGGAAAUACUGAGAGAUGACUUGAGGUUUUACUUCAUGAGCCCCUGUGAGAAGUAUAGAACCCGGCGACAGUUACCAUGGAAAUUAGCGGUGCAAAUUUUGAAAAUAUUCAUGAUUACGCUUCAGCUCAUACUGUUUGGACUGAAUAACCAGCUUGUGGUGUCUUACAAGGAGGAGAACCUCAUGGCCUUUAAGAGUUUGUUUCUGAAGGGCUACAGUGGUGUGGAUGAGGAUGACUACAGUAUCGCGCUCUACACCAAACAGAGUGUUUAUGACAGUUUACACUACGUUAUAGAUCAGUAUUCCCAAUUAGGAAACCUGUCUGUAGGUCCUGUUAGUUACGCUGAAGAGAAUGCAAAGUUUCUGCCCUUGGUCAUCUGUAAGAAGAGCUACAAGAAAGGCAGCGUUGAACCGUCCGAGGAAGCUUACGACAUUGAUGCCGAGCUUGAAACAGUGUGCUUGAGUCUUGAUCCAGAGUCCACUAAAACAUGGAAAAUGAACAAUGCUUCAAUUUUUCAGCUGGAUUUCUAUAGGCUUGUCGAUAUUGAGAUCACUUUCGUGCUCAAAGGAAUCAAUUUGCAAACUGUUCGUUCUCAUGAGCUCCCAGACUGUUAUUCAUUUUUCAUAAAGAUUCUCUUUGAUAACAGCUGUCACAGUGGGAAGGUGAAAUUGACUCUUGAUUUUGACGCUGUUAGUAGUGUGUGCAAAAACUGGAAGAUUUCAGGAACUGCUCAAAAAAGCACACACUACCUCCUGAUCUUUGACGGCUUUGUUAUUGUAAUGUGUCUGAUCUCUGCAGUGCUCUGCACUCGCUCCAUUAUACUCGCUGUGAGGUUACUUCAGCGGUUUUCUAGCUUCUGUCUUGAGAAUUAUAACCGGAAAGUGUGUGAAGAUGAUCAGAGGGAGUUCUUGAAUGGCUGGUACAUCUUGGUGAUCGUCAGUGAUAUUUUGGCCAUCAUUGGAUCCAUACUAAAAAUGGAAAUACAGGCUAAGAGCAUGACUAAUUAUGAUGUCUGCAGCAUCUUUCUGGGAACAUCGACUCUAAUGGUCUGGGUGGGCGUCAUAAGGUAUCUGGCAUACUUCGAAAAAUAUAAUGUGCUUAUCCUCACUAUGCGAGCAGCUUUACCAAAAGUGUUGCGCUUCUGCUGCUGCGCAGGAAUGAUCUACCUCGGCUACACCUUCUGUGGAUGGAUUGUUCUGGGACCCUACCAUGAGAAGUUUGAAGGUCUGAGCCGUGUGGCGGAGUGCCUCUUCUCUCUGGUCAACGGGGACGACAUGUUUCCUACGUUUGCGGAGUUCGAGCAGAAGAACACAAUGGUGUGGCUGUUCAGCCGCGCUUAUCUCUACUCGUUCAUCUCGCUCUUCAUCUACAUGGUGCUCAGCCUCUUCAUCGCCCUCAUCACAGACGCUUACGAGACCAUCAAGGGUUACCAAACGACAGGCUUCCCCAUGACAGAGCUCCAGCGGUUUCUGAUGGGGCAGAAGGAGGGUUUCCCCCUCCAGGGGCAGGAGGGGGUCGGCACAGAGUGUGGUGAAGCCCAGACCGUCCUCCCUUCAGUUAUGCUGUGUUGCUGCAAAAGGGUUCCCAAAGACGACGCCAUCAUUCUCAUCAGCUGACCAUUGCGACCGAUCCCGUUUCGAAAUCUACUUCAAACUGCAAUGGAUUUGCAGCUUAUUAAGGGAAAGAUUAUGCGAACAAGUUUACCGCUCCAUGUAACGCGGUUCACGUACUACACAGGAAGCGAGAUCUUCCGCGAACAUGCCAAUUUCAUUAGGAACCGGUAAGACCUGCAUUAGCAAACGGAUAAAUGCCAAAUCAUAUCUGCCAAAGUGCACUACAAUGCAAUCAAGAGCAAAAAAUGAAGCGUUUUGCGGGUCAUAUGGCAACCGCAGAUGACGUCGGAUGGAUUUUGAUGCGCAGUCUGUAAAAUUAUCCCCGUUCAAUGUUGGAUAGUAGAGGAAAUAUCUUCUAUAAUAUUAUGUAGAUUGUCUGCUCGCGUUUUACAUUAGAGAGUUGCUUCGAAUUACACGCUUGGGUUGAUUUUUGUAUCGGCCCUUUUGGCACGUUACCUCAAAGGUGUUUAGAAAUAUUUCAAAAGAUAAAGUUUCUUAAUGCUGCCCUCAAAUAUGCGAAGUGCGUAAGGAAUGACUGUAAUGCGUAUGAGCAACACCGGAGUUCUCAGAAUGCGUGGUUCACUCAGCCGACUUUUGUCUUGGUGGAGAUGAUCAUACAUGAUGUGAAUCACGGAUCAUUAUCGUCAUCAUCAUCAUCAGCCCACAAUUAUCAGGGAAGGCAGACAAGUUCCUACGUGACUUGCUUAGUAAGCACUUGCUCACUGGGAGAAAGACCUUGGGUGAGGGAAUGGAAGAUAAUAAAAAGUAUUUUGUAUUUGCAAACUACAA